AGCAUAAGAGUGUUACAAAUUACAUUUGAAGGCCACGAUGCGUUGUUGUUUUUCUAAAGUUUUUUUAUAAUUGAGAAAAAAUGAACUUAAAGUAUCUCAUAUAUUCAUACUCCUUAUAUUUUGCUUUCGUUUGUGUGGUGGUUUACAAUGACGUUAAAGCAGAAAACGUACCAAAUAGUUCAAAAUCUCAGAAAAGUCGAGCAGUUCGGAUGAGCAAAUAUGCUAAACAGCAUCUUUCUGACGAGAGCAAUCCAAAUAAUUAUCCACGUCUCCUUGGCAUUGAUUUUCCUGGAUGCAAGAUCCAUCCAUUGUUUGAACAGUCAAGUGAUUUGAUAAAGUUGGUUGCAAGCUAUGGUACAGAAGCUGAUACAACAACUCUACAAGAACUUGCACAAGGUUUUGAUGCACUGCACUCUUGUUCUCCUGAGGAAAGUUAUGAAAUCUUCGAUGCCAUCAUUCAGCAUUUCCCAGACUCCAUUUUUUCCUACAUUGGGCGUGCGAUCUCACUUGGGCGUCUGGCCAACAAGAUCAAAGCCAGUUCUGAAAGUGCUAUGAAAGAUUUUGACCAUGCAUUAAAUUUAAAACCUCAUUUCCAAUUAGCAUAUCGCUGCAGAGCAGAGGUUCAUUUCCUUACUGGGAGAUACCAAGAUGCUUUACAAGAUGCUGAAAAAGAUCUCAGUUAUAAACAUGAUGGCUCUGCUUAUGUAAUGGCAGGAAUUAUUUCAUACAAAUUAGAGAAAGACUUUCAGGCAAUGCAGUACUUGAAAAUGGCACAGAAAUUUAUCAGUGGUCAUAAUGCAAUAUCAUAUGAAUAUCUUGGACUUGCCUACUUAAAUAUGGGUAUGUUACGGAAAUCAGUUGAUGCUUUAAAAACGUCAUUAGAAUACGAAGGAGAGAACCUGAUUGCACUUCAAACUUUGGGCACAUUGUUCAGUGAGUUAGGGGAUGCAAAAAGUGCUCACCAUUACUUGGAUUUGGCUUUAGGAAUGAAAGCUGAUGAUGUGAAGAGUUUAGAGACAAAGGGUCAUGUUUAUUAUUCCAGUGGAAAUUCUAAAAAAGCAAUAGAUUGGUACAAGUCUUGUGUGCGUUAUGACGCAACUGCAUUUACGUGUGUCUUUAUGAGAGCUGUAGCAUAUGCAACUAUUGGACAGUUUUAUAACGCUGUCAAAACUAUGACAAGAGUGAUGUUGUCAAGUUCUUGCAAUCAUGAAUACAGAGAACCGUUAUAUCUUAGAGAUUUUUAUCGUUAUUUAAAUCAUAAGUUGGACAAACCUUUAAAAGAAUACAGGUUUGACGAUGACCUUCCUGAAAAUUACAGACAUAUUUGGGCGAAGAAAGUCCCACCCAACCACUUUAACUACACGGAACAGCCAGGAAUUGAGCCUCACAUGAGAGAUGUAGAACAUGUGGAGUUUUUUGAACUGAACAAAAAUGCGAAGAUACUAUUAUGUAAAGCGAAUCAAUUGUCUCACUUAUUUCAAUAUCGUGUUGAUGGUUUCAUGCCAAACUUGCGAUGUAACAAAGCUAUGGCGCUAGCAGCGAUGGAUGUUGCUCAGACUGCACUGAGAUAUUGGAAUAAUUCAAAAAGUACGAAAGGCUGGAAAGGGCGUCAGUUUUCGUGGAGAGAUCUAUUCGAAGUAGGUGUAAAGUGGCGCAAACUUGUCUCGAUGGACCAGCCAGUUAUAUGGUUGGAUCAACUUCCAAAACAAAUUGUCGAUGCUGGUUUUAUAACGCAUAUGUUAAUGAAGAAAGGCAACGUGGAGAUACCACGAUACUCGACGUACACUGUUGAAGCAUUGCAUUUAGCAAAAUUUAUGAUACGAAGUUUACUUGGUCAAAAGUUACCUGUCAAGGCACAAGAACAAGUCAUGAAAGCAGUGACGCCGAGUAACAUUCUAAGCGUGUUGAAAAAAUAUGACAGCACUAAUCCCAAUGGCGGGUUUACCGUUGGAAUGCAAGUUCCAUCAACUCGUCCAAAAGGUGGCCUGCUGCAUGGAGUGAUGUUGUCAAUAGUUGGUGAGACAGAAGAGGAUAUCACCCUCUCUAUACAGAGCGCUCGAACUUCGUCCCAGAUUAAUCAGUAUCAUGCCGAACUGUCGUAUGUUUUUAACGAGUUGAGAGAUGAAGUAACGAGGAAGAAAACGAAACAGAUUGAAUCCAAAGAGAAAAUAGUCAACCUAAUUUUGCAGUUAGUUUAUUAUUUUUACAAUCUGCUACCAUUAUCACGUGGUACAAGUGCUGUUGCAUAUAGUGUGGCUAUAGGACUCUUUUUGGCAAUCAAUAAAGAAGUUACUGCGAACAUUCCUGUGGAAAAGCAACCUGAUAUUGAAGCAUAUUUUGCCGGAAGUUCCGAUGCCUUCAUCAAAAAGAUAAAAGCCUGGCUGACUACUAAACACGUACAACGCCCGAUCACAGACUACCCCUUUGUAUCGGAGACGUUUUAUUCGUCUCGCGCAAUUCUAGAAGCUUUGAACAUCGACCUAACAGAUGCAAUGUGCAAAGAUUUUAGCUUUGUAUGAAUACUUUUUUAUAGCCUAUUUGUAUACCGAAUUUUUUAUACGCAGACGUUCUACUAUUUUUACGGAAAAUUUUAUCGUUUUUAAUUCAGUUUGUAAGCAUUGAGUUAAAGAAGUUUUGAACAUUUGA